CCAGAUCUGACAUUUGUUGUUGUUUUCCGACGAUUCUCAACACGUUAUGGACAUGUUAGCGAAACCAUCGUUCCUCAUUCUUUUAACGUUGUACGGCUGGUGCGUGGGCGGCGGGAGCCUAACCGCAGCGAACAUCCUCACCUACAGCGGCGUUCUCCCCGGCCGGCCAUCCAUCCUGCGCUACAACACAACCACGCCCAGCCCGCCCCUCCUCAUGCGGAACGAAGGGGCGUACAUCCAGGUCCCAAGCAAACCGGUCACCACUACCGGCUCUACGGGCGCCUUCACCCCCCCUGCGAGGUUCAACAAUCAGAUCCUGCCGUCCUUUGCCAACACGACGGAAACCAACGUGACGGUGAUCAGAGAUAAGACGGCUUAUCUGCACUGCCACGUGCUCAACCUCGGCACGAAAACGGAAACUGUUGGUACCCUUGAUGUUCCAACUACUUAUGUUGAAUAUUUUGUGUUCCUACUCCCUGCUGCCAAAACACAGUUCAAACGCCGAAACAUAGACGCCACUAACUCGGCUGCCAAAGCACGCCAUCCUCCCAGCAUAGACGUUCCUAUGCUUGCAAGGCAUUAUUCACGACUGCGACAUGAAUACGAGUGUGGUCUUGAUGCAUAUAUUCUGACAUGGCUGCCCACACGUUUUCAGUUGGGUUGA